AUGAACUUCUUAAUCGUAAGCAAACAUCCUUUAAGAGUGAGUCACUGGCCCCUCCUCCUAGCCUGCGCAUGCGUCCCGUUCCCCAACGGGCCACAGUGGAACCCAGGGAGCCUGCAGCCUCAAUACACAGUGAGGAGCCUGGACCGGGCCCUGGAGGAGGCGGGCAACUCCGGCAUCCUGAGCCCAAGUGGCAGGAAACUCCGAGACUUCCCGGGUAGUGGCUACGACCUGACUGACACCACCCAAGCAGAUCUUUCAAGAAAUCGUUUUACAGAAAUUCCUUCUGAUGUCUGGUUAUUUGCACCACUUGAGAUACUAAAUUUAUAUCAUAAUUGCAUCAAAACCAUUCCUGAAGCCAUUAAAAACCUGCAGAUGUUAACAUACCUUAACAUUAGUCGAAAUCUUUUGUCAACACUGCCAAAAUACCUGUUUGAUCUCCCCCUUAAAGUUUUGGUUGUCAGUAAUAAUAAACUGGUAUCCAUUCCAGAAGAAAUUGGGAAAUUGAAAGAUGUAAUGGAAUUGGAUAUUAGUUGCAAUGAGAUUCAGGUCCUUCCCCAACAAAUGGGAAAAUUACAUUCACUUAGAGAGCUAAACAUAAGAAGAAAUAAUCUUCACGUGUUGCCAGAUGAAUUAGCAGAUCUUCCCUUAGUCAAGCAGGAUUUCUCUUGUAACAAAGUGAUGGAGAUUCCAGUUUGUUACAGGAAGUUGCAUCAUUUACAAGUAAUAAUUUUGGAUAACAAUCCACUACAGGUACCACCAGCACAGAUAUGUUUAAAGGGUAAAGUGCACAUAUUUAAGUACCUAAAUAUCCAAGCAUGUUGCAGAAUGGAUAAGAAACCAGAUUCCCUGGAUCUUCCAUCACUGAGUAAGAGAAUGCCCUCCCAACCUCUCACAGACAGUAUGGAAGAUUUUUAUCCUAAUAAAAACCAUGGUCCUGACUCUGGAAUUGGAAGUGAUAAUGGAGAGAAACGAUUAUCUACAACAGAACCAUCAGAUGAUGACACAAUCAGCCUUCACUCUCAAGUCUCAGAAUCAAAUAAAGAACAGACAUCAAGAAAUGACAGUCAUUCAAUAGGAAGUAAACCUGAUUCUCAGAAAGACCAGGAGGUGUAUGAUUUUAUUGACCCCAACACAGAAGAUGUAAUAGUUCCUGAAGAAGGAGAUGUACAUAAUGAAUCAUUUGUAUCUUUUCUUAAGGGAAAAGAAAAAUGUCCUGAAAAGUCUCAGAAAAAUGAAGAACUGGGAGAUGAAAAAAGGAAUAGCUGCAGGAAGGAAGGAACAUCUAUUGAAUCCUUAGUGCUUUCAUGUUUCUCAUUUUAA